AUGUUUUUGUUCAAGAUCAUCGCUUUCUCCUCAGUACUUUCAACUCUCGCUCUUCCAUUCCCAUUGAGCCACAAUCAACCUCGAGCUAUCGCUAUCAAUUCUGACCCAGUCAAAGAAGUAGGAAUCAAUGCUUUCGGUCGAGCCAUUGCCGCUAUCGCUGAAGAUCCCAUUCCUGCCGUUACCUCAAUCGACCACGUUCAUAUCGAUGCUAUCGCUCGAGCUAUCGCAGCUAUCUCAGAUAAGUCCUCAUCUACCGUCCAGCCUACCAAGAGAGCUAUUGCUAUCUCACCAUCCGAUAAGCCCAUUCACCCGGACGCCAUUGCUAGAGCUAUCGCUGCCAUUGCAGUAACAUCGGACGACCCUUCAAAAAGUCAGACAUUAGGAAUCGAUGCUAUCGCACGUGCCAUCGCUAUCAAACCUUCCAAGCCUACUGGAAUCCAUUUAGAUGCAAUUGCUAGAUAUGAACAAGAAGAAAGAGCUAUAGCGGCUAUAGCAGUCAUUACAACAACUGCUUCCUCCACAGAACCCAAGAAGACCGGAUGGAACGUAAACGCUAUUGCUAAGUAA